AUGAGCUACAGUAAUACUUAUUCCACAAGUUUCGGAGAGUCAUAUAACUUCUCUAUCCCUAAACUAUUCAAAACACAAUCGUCUACUACGGAUCAUGAUGCAGUUUACGCUGAUUCCCAACUCAGCUUAUAUGAUAAUAACUAUAAUCAGCUCAUCCAAAAGAAGCAAUCCCUUCAAUUACUGAAGUACACGAGUGAUUCGGCAAUAACACAAUAUUUCCGACACUCAACUUCGUCAUCGAUCGCUUUUCCAAUUCCAUAUAAUUUUGAAACUAAAAAACAAUUCUUAGAAGCAGUCCAUGUUUGGCACGAAUAUAUCCGAAAAACAUUGACCGGAAUUACUCUACCUUAUCCGAUUCUUUCUAAGGUAUAUAUUCCAUCCCGUCCAUUUCGGAUGGAUUUAUUAGCUCAGCAAUAUAACAGAUUUGAUCAAACAGCGAAUCCAUUACUCCCAAAGAACAUGGAAUACUUACACAGGAUGCUUAUAACUGAUGAUAGAUUGCCUCCAGACGAAGAAUUUCCUCAUCAGCUUCCGAAAAAGAUUCCUGUUCUCGUAAAGCAUCAAAUUAAUACAGAGCCUCAAUGGCAAAGCAGUUGUAUCCCUCACGAACCAAAUCUGCUCAUAUAUUCAAAUUUUGAUGAUUAUCUCUCCGCGUACGAGUCAUGGCAUAAGAUUACAUGCCUUCAACUCUCAACUCCACCCAUUCCUCCGGACCAAUUUGAGAAUCUUAUCAGUCUAAAGAAGAAUCCGGAAAUGGAAUACGAAAAGGAGUCGUCGAUUAAGCCUAUUCCACAGGAAUUCCCAAUUGACUACAGCUGGACACAGAACCUGGCCGAGCCAACAAUCCAUUUGGACGUAAAUCGCUUCCGAGUUUUUUCGAUGAAAGAAGACCAUCACGAUUACCAACAUUACCUUGUCUAUGGUGUCGAUAGGGACAAGUUCCUCAAGAAUAUCAAGAACUCGGGCGAUAGUAAGAAAACAUUUCGCGAACAAAAGCUAAUUUACCCAUUUACCUUCAUCUGGUACAUGGAUAAGAAGAAGGCAACGGAAGAUCUAUCUACUUUCUUGCAUUCUUUGAAUAGUUCAAUGAGUUUUCGCGAAACAACACAGUUUUUGCACUGGGACUACAAAAUUGACAAAUACGAAAGCAUCAUCCUUGAAACAGAGGGCAAGCUUUCCCUGAAAUACAUGUUGGCAGCCAAUAUCAAACCUUUCGAAAUUAUGAAAUUAAUCGAAAUUGCCAAAAAUUCAGAUCAGCAUGCGAUUCGUGUUGCGCAUAUGUUAUCUACUCUUGUUUCCUCAGAGUUGUACCAGGCUUUUACUGAUUUUUUAUUCAUUCCUGGCGACUUUUUCAGAAAUCUUUAUCAGUUCAUCAAAGUUGCUGUCCUUUUGUCGGAUAACAACAUAGAAAUCUACAAACCACCUGCCAAAAUGACCGAAUUCGAUUUUCUCGUUUUCAAAUUACAUUAUUGCACAAUUCUCACUACGAUACCUAUCUGCAACUUUACGUUUCCCUUUUUCAGAUACCUCAUCAAGGCAUCUCACGAUUGCCACGAUUCGAUUUCGGAAUGGCUGAAAGAUGGAGAUUUAGUUGAUAAACUCUGGGACUCGUUGAAACAAGAGACUCCUACAGCUUUGACGCUUGAGAUGUAUAUAUUCGCAGCAUUGCAGCCCGAUACAAUUUGCUUGAGGCUUUUCAGAAAUGAUUUCUUCGAAAGAGUCGCAGAAAUCUCUAAUUACAAAUGCGGACGCGGAUUCCUUCUCCGCAUGAUCUACCACGACUGCGGACGUGUUGUUUUGAUGUUUAUUCGAAAGGCAUCUCCGAUUAUUCCAACAAAUGUCUUCCAGAACAUGACAAAGGAAUCAGAGAGAAUGAUCAUGACGAUAUUCGCUCAAUACGCUGCCUUCUUGGGCUCUAUUGGAGCAUUUGCUCCUCAACAAGAGUUAAUCAAAUUAUUAAUCGACAUAAUCGAGCACUACAACGAGAAUUGCCACAGUAUUGUAUUCAUACUUCUCAAGAUCAUUACUCUCAAGAGGCUUUUGCUCGACAAAAACCGUCAAAACCAAGAAAAUUUGAUUGUUCCUUUGGUAAAACAGAUUUGCCAAAGCGCCGUAUCCCAGGAAAGCAGAAUCUCUCUACUCGAUGCAGCAUUGUACGUGUCCGCGUGCCUCAAAAUCCCAGGAGCUGCUGAAGAAGCCGCUAAAUAUCCAGAAAUCAUCAGUUUCGUCUUAGAACAGAUGAACUCCAGCCAGAACGAUGUGAACAGAAGGGCAUGGAAGUUCUGGCGCCGAUUGACAAGCUCUCCUUCCAUAACAAAAAGUUUACUCGCAAACGAAAAUUUCGGAAAAACUUUAUCGACUUUAUCGUACUCGGAAAAUCCAACGAUUUUCAUGAACUACUGUCGAUUCGUUACGCAUAUUUCGGAGAGUGUAAACAGCGGAACACUUGAUUUGCUGCUUGCAAGAGUUUCGUCAGCAAUUGGAAGAUUUGCUUGCACAUUAAAACUGGCAAACAACAUUUUCCGCGGAAACUUACUUGUCCUGAGGGAAAUUGAAAAGAUGCUCAAAGCAGUUGCGAAGAAUGACAAAACUAAGUUCAAAGAAGACCUCGGAAACCACUUAAAGUCACUUGGAAUCGAUCUCACCAAACAUUAG